AUGCCAAUAACAACCCUCACCUCCGUCCUCCGCAUCCCAUUCAACCCCACAGCCCAAGACCGCCUAACCCUGGCCCUCAGCGCCGCAGCGCUAGCCGUCUCGACCGUCGUCCUCCCCGCCGCCUACCGCGAUUACAAACUCUUCAAAUCCUACGGCCCGGGCGGGGUACCGAAUAACGCGCUGGGAUGGGUUAUCGUGCGCGCGCUGUUCCAGCCCUUCGGGCGCGAGAUGCUCAGCACGCAUGAGUACGUGAAACGCAUUGCGGCAGCUGAGGGACAUGGGAAGGGCAAUGAUGGGUUUUUGUUCUUGUCUGAGGAGGAGCUCGGGAGUCGACGCGGGGAAGAGAGGCCUGUUGUUGGACCGCAUGUUGUACCACAGAGGCAGUUGACGCAGGUACCGGAUGAGGCUGUUAUGGAGAAAUUCCGUGCUGCGUUCAGUGCCUUCGGACAUCGGAAUCACCAUCUCGUGAAAUUCCAGAAAUCGAAUCUGGAACGACAUGCUGAUGGGCUCUUUGUCGCGGAUCACAUUCCUGUCUUUGGGAUUGCGAAAACUAUGAAGCGGGAGAUUGCGCAUAUUCAUUCGGGAAAUGAUCACUCGGUCCAUGUGGUUCUUGCACCGGCUGAUUGUAUCAAGGUUAUUGAGGCUGGUUGGGGCCAGCGUCAUGCUUUCUCGGGUACAUCUGCGAUGACGUUCCUUUCGCUUGGUACGAGGCCUGAUAUCCCGGCGGAAUAUGUUUUGAUCUAUGCGCCGCGGACGGAGGCGGAGAUUGAGACGAUUAUGCGGAUUGUUUCGGCGGGUGUUGAGUUUAUGACCGGGAAGGAGGAUGUUCGGUAG